CGGAUUUACUAUACAAAUGCACACAUAGGAUUAUUGCCAAAGAAGCAGAGUACAACUGUACAACGAAAUGGAGAAGUGAUAAAGACCCACGUACAGGGCAGAAAGAAUUUCUCGUUUCAAAAUUUGAAAGAGGAAGAAGAACUCUAUUCUAACCAUAAUUCCUGUUUCUUCAUCUCUAUCUAAACCCUUUUCUGAAAUUUCCAUUGAUACCAGUUUCUACAUUCGUUUUGUGUUUUUUCUUCUCUGAAAACCCUAAUUUUUUCUCUCCAUGGGAAAUCCAGAAGACAUGAAAGCCAACGAUAAAGAAAUCCCUGCAAAAAGGAAGAACAACGUCAACAAUGGCGAAGAAGAGUAUCAAAUUCCAAAACGCACCAACCAUCACUUUGAUGAAUAUAUAGCUGAUGAUGACGAUGAUGAUUCAUCUUUUACUAAGCUUUCUUUGCAAAUUGGUUCUGCUAAACCCAAAAUCUCUAUCACCACUCCGCCUGAGCCGCCCCAAUCAUUAUUGCCAACAUUACACCAACCACCGGAAAUCCCGCAAAUUGAGACCCUAAGACCACCCAUCACCUCCACUAUUGCAACUAGCCCUAACCAGUUUCCUUCUUUCCAUCCUCUAUUUGCCACAGGUCCAACUCCUCAAAUGCCUGAAGCGCCGUCGUUUUACUCGGGUACCGUUAGUACUCCUUUGCAUCAUCGCCAAGAGGGUCCCACUGCUCCUCAAUGUCGCCCUCCACGUGCUCGGCGUAAUACUACACAGACGCCACGCGAAGGGAAGAGCGAAAUAAUUCCGCCCCCGUUUCCUUGGGCGACGAAUCAUCGGGCCACGGUGCAUAGCAUGGAGUAUUUGCUGUCGAAGAAGAUAGAAACGAUUUCUGGUGCAGUUCACUGUAAGAGAUGUGAGAAGCAGUAUGAGAUGGGUUUUAAUCUGAGAGAGAAGUUUGUUGAAGUAGGGACAUUUAUUGCUGAAAAUAAGGCUUCAAUGCAUGAUAGGGCACCGAGUGUUUGGAUGACACCAGUUUUGCCUAGUUGCAAGUACUGUGAUCAAGAAAACAGUGUAAAGCCACUGAUUUCUGAGAAAAAGAAAUCCAUUAAUUGGCUGUUUCUGCUUUUGGGUCAGAUGCUUGGUUGUUGUACUCUUGAACAAUUGAAGUAUUUCUGCAAACACACCAAGAAUCAUCGAACUGGGGCUAAAGAUCGUGUUCUUUACCUUACUUAUCUUGGAUUGUGCAAACAGCUUGACCCAGAUGGCCCUUUUGAACGUUGAUAUGUGAGUAGAUUAUUCAUUGAUUAAGUGUUUGGGUUAUUUCUGUAAAAUGAAUGGUAACUCUACCAUUAGUCUAUUAGCUAUAUUAGUAUUCAUGGAGCAUGAAGCACAAUUAAGUGGUCCUUUAAUCGCUUUCUAUAAUAUCUGCUUUGGAUCUUUAUGCA